UUUAAUUUCUUUAAGUUUCACUUCUGUAAACGUAAAAUUUCUCCAAUGAAUUAACGCAAAUUUAGGAUACCCAUUUCACACCUAGUAAAAAGCUUCAUAACCAACUACUUGAAAAUUUUAGAUACUCAAAAAUGGAAAAGGUUGAGAUUAUAGUUGAAAAGAGAGACCAGCUAAUGGUAUCAUCUACCAACUCCAAUCCAAUCCUUAGAACUGCCUAUUUCUUGAAUCCUACUCAUGCUUCUACUAAGCCUCCAGUACCCAAAACCCCAUCUUCUCUGCCUUGUGCUUUUGAGUUUGAAACAUGUCCUCUGAAUGUCAGCUACAAUGGCUGGAAAUACCCAACUGAGAAAUGGAAAUCAUGGGUUCAUCGUAUGGAAGCCAUACACAAAUCUGUGUGGCAAAGGGCUGGCAUUUAUGAUGCAGUCAUGAGCUCUGUUUGCUGCAUUAAAAGAGAUGAUGGUUUACUCAUGGGUCUUGCACAAAAAUGGUGUCCUGAAACUAACACAUUUGUCUUCCCUUGGGCAGAGGCCACUAUAACACUCGAAGAUGUCAUGAUUCUGGGCGGUUUCUUUGUUUUAGGUUUGCCUACUUUUCCAUGUUCUCUCGAAAACGACGAGCUUGAAGAAAUUGAAAAGAAGAUGAAUGAAGCGAGAACUGAACUCGGGAGAGGUUCGUCUCGUAAAGCAUCUACAGCCGGUUGGAUGAAUAUGUUUAUGUUUAGUGAGAAUGAGAUUGAGCAUGAAGCUUUUCUUUCGUACUGGUUAGCAGCGUUUGUUUUUCAUGAUUCUGAACGCAUUCUUAAAGCUCAGGUUUUUCCUAUUGCUAUUCGUUUAGCCAAAGGCGAAAUUGUUGCACUUGCUCCGUCAGUUCUUGCUAGCAUUUAUAGAGAUUUGGGUUUGUUAAAAGCAACUCUUUUAUCUGUUUCUGAGAUUGAAACAACUGAAAAUUGUUCUGAUGUUUUAGCUCUUACUCUCUGGUCACCUUUCCAUUUGGUUCAACUCUGGGCAUGGGAGAGAUUUCCAGCAUUCCGGAAGAACCCGAAUUUCGUCAAGAAUGGCGAACCGAGAUCAGCUCUAUGGCACAGUGUCAAAUGCAAGAAAGUGGGGAAUGUAAGAUUAGCUUUGGAUUCAGCAGCAAACACGUUUUGUUGGAGACCUUACACAACUCGGUCACAGGGUUCGUAUUUGCCUAAUAUUUAUAAGGAAAAAGCGGAAUGGAAGGAUUUGGAUACCAAUCCUGAGUUGUUCCAAAUAGCUCUGUGCAUGAGAAGUUCUGAGCUAGUUGGUUUAAGUUGUGUUGAGCAAUAUCUUCCUCAUAGAGUGGCAAGGCAAUUUGGACUGGAUCAGGAUAUUCCAAGUGAAAUUGUUAGACCAAACGAAUUUCCAGAACUUGCUUGGAUUAACUACAUUAGACCAUUUUGUAGUAAUGCCAAAUUGUAUGUUCCCUCUAAAUUUUCAGAGCCUGGUGUUACUGUUAAGUACUUGGAGUGGUGGAAUGAAGAAACUGCGUUCGGAGGGGGCGAUAUGCUUAAGGAUGCUAUCAGUAGUGUUGUGAGAAAGAAAAGAAGCUUGCGGGGAAGAACAAAAUGGGCGUCUCUCAAUAGUCGCAUAGAAGACUCUGAUGAGGUUUUUGAACCAGCAAUUGAGGAGAUGAUGAGAUCUUGUGAGAUAAAUAGUGUUGAUAACAAGGUUUUUGGUUGUCUGGAAGAGAAAAGUAAUGGUGAAACUGAGAUUCCUACCUGCAGUACUCAUGACAGUAGGAAUAGAGUUGAAGAAGAAAAAGAAAUCAGCACCAAAACUUUUGAGAUGCCAGGAUUAGAACUCGAAGAUCGGAUUUCCGUACUUGAGAAGGCUAUUGCCAAGGUGAAAGCAGAAAGAUUUGGAAGCAGUUGAUGCUAACAAGGUUCAUGAUAUCUAGCUCAUAGCAGCAUAAUCUUAUUUUUCUUGCUUUAGUUUAUUUCCUUCAGUGCAUAUAACAUAUGAGAAACUUGAAUUCUUUAACUUUUUUAUUGCUUAAUAGUUUGGUUAAUUAGCUUAGCUUCUGG